AUGGAUUUUGAAAGAAGAGCUUUAUCAUCUAGGUCACCUGCCACGAGGUAUGAAGUCCUUCUUGUCGAAGAUACGCCAAAGAAAGGACUUUCCGAAGAACGGAUGACAACAUGUUUUCAUGUCUAUGAUGAACUAAUUCCAGAGUUGGGAGUUUAUAAGAAAGUUUUGAAGAUGCUUCGGGAUGAACUAUACGAAGCUGUGUAUAGUAAUGAAUACACUACAGCAGCACCUAAAAAAGGGAAAAGCAAGACGACUUAUAUUCAACGCAUUCCUUAUUUCGUACUUGUUAAUCGAGUUUUUGAGGAACGCGAUAAAAACGCAGACCAGCUAAAAGAAGCCAUUAAUGCAUUAGAAAACAAACUUGCUGAGAAAGAUCAACAAUUGGAAGAGGCUAAUAAAAACAUCGAGAAACUUAAAAAAUCACUUAAAGAGUGCAGUGAUAAGAUUUACAAGAUGGAAAUCGAAAUGGAAAACCAGAAUCUCGAGCAGAGGAAACUUGAAACAAGCGUCCAAUAUGAACAGAUGAUGCAACAAGCGGCUAAAGACCGUUACGAAAAACGCAUUUCAGGUCUUAAAGAGGAUCUCACUCAAGCUAAGGAAAGGAACAAAUUCCUUGAAAAGUUUAAAGAAGGUUAUGACGCCCUUGAAGAAGCAUUUAAUGAUUCAACAGUGUUCGAUAAUAAGCCUCAAAAACCAGCUGUUCUAACAAGGAGAGCUCAACUCAUUCAAGAAAUAUCCAAUGCUAAGCUUCUGGAAGAGCAACUCCUUACCAUGCAGAAUUUAGUUAUUGAGGAAUAUGAACUCUUCUUGGAGGAGAAUAAGGCUUUGCCAACAGAAGAAGUUGACUUGAAGAGCAGUGGAAGUAACUUUCGUGCAACACCAGAUGAUGAACACGAAAUGAGAGUGAAACUGGAAGAGGAGCUGCACAAAGUCAAGGAAAGAUUUAAAAAGAGUAUUGCUGAUAUUGAAAACGAAUUUCAGCUCAUUGAGAUUCAAAGGUCUAGUCUUGAAGAUCAGUUGGCCGAACUUGAGGAGGAAGCUAAGAGGAUAGAAAGAGAAACCAACGAAAAGAAAGAGAGAAAGAAAAGCAUGUUUUUCAUGGAAGGAGAAAAGGAAAGGAAACCAGAUACACCUGAAGACGAUGACGAGAUUGACUUUGUGAAGAUCAUGAACAGUGCACAUAAUCAAGAUCCAUUUAUUUCACACGAAAGAAUCCUGAGCAAGUACUCAGCAAUGAUGUACUACUCCUGCAACCAGGGAAAGAACUAUCACGAGUUUAAAGAUGCCAAGUUUUGUGCAAGUUGUGGUGAGACAACUCUACUCUGUCCUCACAAAGUUACAGAUCACAAGGUUGUUUCAUUGCCUCAUAACUGUACCCACAUAAAGAUCAUCAGGCCAACAGUGCACAUAUCACGUGAGGAAAAACCUCCUGUUCUUGUAACCGAAACUCCCGAGAGCGUCCGAGCGAUGUCGGCGAUUUCAAACAGCACUGUAACUUACGGAGAAGAGUCCAUCUUGAAAGAACAACAACACCUGACCACGACAUACAAGUUCCUCUGGGAUGACUACUACUCAAGGACAUCAAUUAGAAGACAGAUACCAAGGGCUCUUUCUCAGGAUCGUGUAUCGUCCAUCAUUGAGCAGUUUUACUCUUCACUUAUCUGGCAGGAUGAUUACGCAGUGGAAGAUGAACAAAUUGUUUCAGUUGUGGAUACGCUGUACUCUUUCUUCCACGAACGAUAUCUUGUUCCAGAUGUCACAUUUCUAGCUGUGUUUGAUUUCUUCACAAGUGUGAUCAAGUUUGCCUCGGGCAACAAGAACAUUCAGUUGUUUGCUCAGGCAAUGUGUGGCAGCUUGGACCCAGUUGUGGUUCGUUACAUCCUUCUGAUAAAUGAGUUUAUCGAUCUGGUUGAGUGGUUGGCCGUCAAAGACAUCAGGAUUUUUGCUCAAGUUGUUUAUCCCUUCAUGAAUGAGGAAGACAUUGAGCAGUUCUCAAUGGGCUACACCUCCUUCAGCGAAAACAAGAUUUCUAAAGAAUUGGUGUCGGAGUAUUUCCUGUACAUCAUUCUGAAGUACAGAGAACCUCGCUUUCAAGAAAUGGAAGUUAAACUGCUGCAACAACCAGGAAGGAGGCCUGGGUUUAUGACCGAUAUUGAAUAUGCUGAAGCUAUCGAUAACAUCUGUCCCUUGGCAUCGGAACGCAUGCGGCGCCGUCUGUUUGUAGAGUCUGUGGAACACUUGAGAACCACUGAUGACUCUGUAUCCGUGAUGCGACUGGCACAGAUCACUGGUUAUCUGACCCUAUUACAACUCACACCCGUCAUUAAGAAUACGGUUUCCCAGAGAGUGGAUGAAGUACGCCUUGUCGUCGCUGAAGGACAGUCAUCCCCACUCCCUGAUGCUCCGGUGAGCAAUGCAUCCAAACCAGGGGAUUUUUUCACCACAAGUAGCGCACGUGCAGUAGCGGCUGAGAAUGCCAAACGCUCAAGGACUCGGCAACUAAAAAGGAUUGAAGAAUACCAGUAUGACUGAGAGCAGGAACCCUCAGAAAUCAGGAACUGUUACCCCAGAAUUAUGAGAGCAGUUCUCAAAAAUUUAUUUUAAGAGGAAGCUAUUGUUACUUUUGGCAAAGUUUAUCAAAUUGUUAAGUCUUGAGGCAAUUAUACCGUAAAGGAGUAAUACUUAAUCAAGGCACAAGGGAAGGCCUGACAUGUUUUGUUUACCUAAGUUAACGCACGUAGUACGACGUGUUGUCAAGAAAAGAGGACGUAGAGCGUGAAAAAUAAGGACAACCCUUUAGGUAGAAUGUGAUUUGAGUGGAAGAACUUGUUCUGUGAAUAACAAGUAAAUAAAGCAGUUAGUAACACUGAAUGACUACAAAUAACUGUUUUUCUAAUAACUUACAAGAACAGCCUCACUUAAACAGGAAAAUUCUUAUUACUGCUUAGCUCUUGCUUUUUCACGCAAUACUCCAACCGUACCUUCACCUUAAACUUUAGCCCGCAGAGCGGGCGUAAUUUUGGCGAACGAGUGCUUAGUAUUUUCUUAACGAAAAUUGUGACCACCAUCUUUGAUUUUUAUGGCAGGGGAAGGCUGGGGAGAGAAAAAUUUAUACCGAGAGGGUGGUCGACAGUCAAAAAUAGGGAGAGGGGGGGGGGGGAGGUGAAGAUUACGUCUACCUGAAGUCGUUGUUAUUUUCUCAAAAAUCCGUUCGUCCUCGAACGGAGUUCCUGAUUGGUGCGGUGAGGCUCCAGCUGUCAAUCACAAGCCAAAUGUGUCAUUUGAGCGUCAUUCUGACAGUUCGCUCCUGCUGGAGAAAGAGAAAGAUGGCAAACUCUGAUUGUGAACUUGUUAGUUUUUAUUCUACUGUCGAGGAAACACUUAAUUGUCUUUCGGAAUUUAAUGUCCGAAAAAAAAGAAGCAGUUUCUAUGCUGGUUCCAGGAAAGGAUUUACUGACCAUGUUGCCAACUAGCUUUUGGAAAAGCCUGAUAUUUCAGGGUUGGUAUUUAUGAAAGAAAUAAUGACGGUAAACCUUUGAGUGUAGUUGUCGUUUGUUCGCUUCAUCGUAUAGUUAGAGAUCAUAAUGGAAUGAACAUCUUCGAUCGGAUUAACUGUAGCUGCGCUCACGGGUUGUCAUUUGGAGGAUAUAGAAUGCGGCAAAUAUCAACUCGUAUUUGCCUCAGCAGAGAACGUUUUGGUGAAGCCAUUUUUUUCGUUGAUGAAAAAAACACCCACACCGUUUCACCAGAGUUUUCCGGUUUGCAUCAAACAAAUUAUGGCAGAUAAACCUUCGAGUGCAGUUGUUUGUUACUUCCAAGUAUCGUUUACGAUCAAAUGGAAGAAAAAUUGUCAAAUAGAUUAAUGGCAGCCAUACUCAAGGAUUUUCGUUCGGAAAAUCUAGAGUGCAGCAAAAAUCAGCUCAUAUUUGUGACCGCGGAGGAGGUUCUGUCGAUGCCAUUUCUUUUCAGGCUGAAAAAAAAAACUGCCCACCGUUUCACUCAUUGGCUCUACGUAUGUUUGUUUUUGUCAGAAGACAGUGCUUCCGGUUUUUAAUUUAACUCAUUUUGAUUGGUUAUCUGCUCAUUUCUUGUCGCCCUUUCCCUGCCCUCUACCCCCGCCGUCCACUCUAACUCGAAAUCAAAUAUGGCCGGUUAGAUAAACAAUCGCGAGCUUAUAAUGUUAGCUCGCUCUAAUAAGACGCCUGCACUGCAGGCUUCUUAACUUUAGGGGUGGUUUUAUAUAGUGCCAUUCCGUCCAUAGUUCGUCGGAGCCCAAGCUAUAUUUCGGUGUAAUUACACAGAACGCUGAUAAAGUGCUAUGAUCUCAUGGAGUAACGAAACGGGAGAGAUACUGUCCUUAUAUAUACAAUUGUGUGCAGGAAAUAACAGAAACAUGCCCCACAAAGUUUGGAGAUCUAUUCAAACACUUCUAAUUUCAAUGAAAAAAACUAAGAUUAAGUUAUUUUCUGAAGUUUCAUUUUGACAAAUCCGAAAGUUACAUGGUUCUGUGCAAAUACUGAACAACUCCUGAACCUCGUGCCUUAAUUUUCCUUCAAAUCGUACAACUUAAGUCAAAAGCAGAAUCAAAGUUUUAAUUCUUAAAAAAAAACGCUUUCAAACUUGUUAUAUGAAGGAGGUCCAAUAAAUAAUCGUUAGUUAUGUGAUUAUAAUAAAGAAAAGGUUAACUUUGAAAAGUUAGACUUUACAACAAUGCUAAUUUUAUCGAAUCAUUUAAUUGGGUGUCUUGUGAGGUCAGUUAUUGUGUUCAGUAGCAAAAUUGCAGUCUCGCAAUCGUAUUGCCACGCAUCGAGCGUGGAAACGUCGUAGGACGAGUCUGACGUGGUUUAAAUGACAUUACUUAAUCUGAUAUGUGUUGCAAAAGCUGUACCGGAUUCUCCAACUUGUAUCAACCACAGGUCAACGAAAUUUGGCUUCAGUCAUUCCUGACACAGAAUUCUGGAGAACAGAAUACUUAUUAUUAUUAUACUUAAAGAAGUAAAUUAGCAAAUCUGUGUUACUAGCCCAAUCUAAACUGUAACUGGUAACCAUCCUUUGUGCGGGCCUUCGACGACCAUUUGACACAUCCUAACACUGUUCUACAUAGAAAUAUCAGUCAUUUGAUGGUAAUGUAACUGUGAUGGCCGUGACUCAGUGUCACAUCUAAAUUACUUUAAAUGAAGUACGUUUAUGUUUGCAUGAUUCGUCAGUAGAUACAGGCCACGGUUAUCACGGAAAACUGCGGCACUAAUAUGUUAGAUAUGUAAAACAAUCAAAAAUGACACAACUGGCUAAUUACGAAUAGUUUAGCGUUACUGCUUUUGAAUUCAGGAACAAAGUUUUACAUUCGCUAAAGUGAAUCACAAGGUUUUGGAUUCUCAUCUGGGGUCUAGAGUUCUCUGCAUUACCAGUAGACUGAGUAUUCGUCGUCGCUAUCGCCACAGAUAAAAUAAUCGUCGCUAUAUCGGGAAAAGACUUCAGAACGGAGGAAGUUUUGCAUUUCUCUGCUAUUCUUUUCGUCUUCUCUCAGCUUUAUCUCCUUGCACACCCUGCAUUUCGGAUCUCCGUUUCUUAGCUGCGUAUUACUGAAUUCCUCUCGUGUAAACCGUCGCAAACAUUGGACACAUUCGGUAUUGGCGUGCGGAAAAUAAAGUUUCCCUUUCUCUGGGAUUAUCUCGAGUGGAAGCAACGCAUUCAUCUCGUAAUCAUCAAAGAACCUCACGGAUUUCUGCCGAUAGAAAUUAGCGUAUUUCUCAGAUGCCACUCGGAGACGAGCCUCUUCUCUUUCUUUUACAUCUUUCAUCUUCUCGUACAACUUGAACAUCGCCGUUGUAUCCACGAUGCAGUACUCCAUCAAUUCAUCCGAUAAGGGUCUUUUUUUCCAAACUCCAUAGUCUUUCUUCAUAAGAAUUUUUCCCCCAUUUUUCACCUUGAUCAAAUCAUCAUCCUGAACGUACAGCUCAAGACAACGACGAAAACCAUAGAUGCUCUCUACUUCGUAGGGUCUCUGGCUCCGACGUGUGUACCCUGCGCUAAAAGGUUCGUGGCGAGUAGCUGUGUCAUUCUCACGGCGGUAGAGGAUUUCAAGCAGCUGAAGAUCCAACACUCCCGUCAAUUUUAUGUUAAAUUGAUGCCACAGGGCGUCUGAAUCUUCCCGACAAUCAAACAUCAGCUUCCCAAUCGAUUUAUCUUGCAGGAUUUCGCCAAGGCCAAAGGAAAAAACUGCUUUCUCUAGUUUGAGAACAUCGAAUAUGUAGACUUUAUCUUCCGUUGCGACUGUUAUGAUGGUGAGCGCUCCCUUCCUGCUCAGGUUAACACCUUCACAAUCAACAGCUAUAAAGCGAGAGUUAUCGAUAAUUUCUCGUUUAAGCUCAUGAAGAGCAUCUUCGAGACCAGCUUCAUCGUCGAUCAGUCUGAAAUCACUUGAGAUCUUGCACGCCAUUCUUGAUUUCACUUGAAUUUUUGCCCUGAUUUGAUGAAAGCCCGUCUUGUGAAAGGAAAGUACGACGGCUUUCUCGGAACCUCUUGAGUCAUGAGUUCUGAGAAACAAUAUUUAUUUCCGCUGAUUGUGAUUCCUCCCUCCCCUCCCUUCUCCUGAUGGCCAUUGAAUAUGACAGAUAGCUUCUGAGUGACAGAGGAUCAGAGACAAUCCUUUCAUCGGCUCAUUUGAAUUUUUAGUUUAAACAAAGCUCAUACCUGACAGCAAAGACGGAAAGUAUCCCUUCCAAAAAGGACGGCUGUUAAUUAGAAAGCAAAUCACAGGAGAAACGAGACUCCUUAGGGCUCGUGGCACCUGACCUUGCUUUGAAAUUACGUAACCGGCCCACUAGCUGUGAAUAACGUUUGGCCUGUUUAUGAACAUUUUUAAAACGGGAGAACAUUUUAUCAAGAAAUAUCACCAAUGGUCAAGAGGGAAUGAGUUUGAGCCCUCGGUAUCUUUCCUCAGCUCAAGUUUUUCUUAAGGCGUAUGAUUAAACACAUCGAGGACUAUAGAGUCAACCUCUUGAUUUCUUAUCAUUUGUCUCUUCACUAAACCGUAGUGAACGUGUUUUACCUAGUUACCCCACCCCCAUCAAAGACGCAUUUGGCAGAACGCUGAAGGGGUGGAGUGAGAAAACAAGGCCGGACAAAGCUGACCAAUGAGAAACAAAGGUGGAGUUCCAAGAACUCAUUAAUAUUAAUGAACACUUUCUACGAAUGCACAAUUGGCAGUUUUGUUGAUUAAGCUUAGGAAAAAAUCAAUGCUUUGCUUAUGUAAAACCAAACAGAAUGGCCAGCAAGAUCCCGUAUGAUUAUAAACUGGUUAAUAACGAUCCUAGUCUCAAAGUCGCCAUAUCCGAACUCAGACAGAAAAUAGAACAUAACGCACUCUUGGCGGUUGAUUGUGAAGGUGUUGAUCUCAGCAGAAAAGGUACACUUACUAUAAUAACAGUUGCUACCGAGGAGAAAGUCUACAUAUUUGAUGUUUUGGAGCUGGGAAAACGCGCGACAGUCCGAAGUGGACUUCGUGAAAUCCUGGACAACAAGUCAUGUACGAAGCUGAUGUUUGAUUGUCGGCAAGAUUCAGAUGCACUCUGGCAUCAGUUGAAUGUCAGGCUAACGGGAGUGUUGGAUCUUCAGUUGCUUGAAAUCCUUUACCGCCGUGAAAAUGACACAGCUAACAGCCAUGAGCUUUCCCGCACUAAGCAUAAAACUCGAAGCCAGAGAACAGAUGAAGUUGAAAGCAUCUAUGGUUUUCGUCGCUGCCUCGAGCUGUAUCUAAAGGAUGAAGAUUUGCUUAAGAUGAAGGAUGAAGGAAGUAAAUUGUUAAAGAGGGACACUGAAGUGUGGGAGAAAAGGCCUCUACCUGAUAAGUUAAUUCAGUACUGCAUCGUAGAUACAAUGGCGAUGUUCCGAUUGUACGAGAAUAUGAAAGAUGUGGAAGAAAGAGAGGGGGCUCGUCUACGCGUUGCCUCCGAGAAGUAUGUUGAUCUGUAUCGAAACAAAACGGGAAGAUCUUUCGACGAUUUCGAAACCAAUGCAUUGCUUCCACUCGACAUCAUCCCGGACGAAGGAACUCUUUCUUUUCCGCCUGCUGACAUUAAAUGUACUCGUUGCAAGAGACUAUUUCCACGAGAAGAGUUCACCAAAACACAACUAAAGAAUAAUGAGCAGAAGUGCAGGGUAUGUAAGGAAAUAAAACGCCGAGCAGAUGUACGACGAAAGAGAGAAGCGAAUAGCCAGGAUGACUUUCUUUAUCGUGUGUAGUUAUGUUAUUGUUAUUUUUGGUUCUUCUACUUCUAGCGAAAAGGUAAAUUAAGCGUAUAAUUAAUUUUUAUAAUUAUCAGGAAGAACUAACUUAAAUAUCUUUAAAUCAUAAAUAAAAAAAUUGUACAGAAGAAUCGAAUACUAGAACUUGUCUUCACAAUGAAUUUAAGCAUUCCCGUCGGUAGCAUUUUUUAAAACCGCUGUUCACACGAAGUCAGUCAAGCGCUCGCUUAGAGACUCGAGCUUGGCAUGUUUCGAUGUUUUUUAUUGAAGUAAGACAAAUCGAUUACGCUCUUAGUUAGUAAAGGGUCGCUAGUUUUAUGGUUUCUAUAUUAUAUCCCAUUUUUUUGGAUUGCACGUUUCCGAAUGAACACGAAUAAUUUCUAUAAUUAGUGUGAGCUUUUUAGUUAUAUGAAUAAUCUCCAUAAAUAGUAGUGACUGCCGAUGACUGCCUCUAAGGGAAGGUGACUUGCGCGGUGGUUCAAAUUUGUUGCCUCGCCUAAAAAUGCAAAUAUCGAGAAAGUACUGUAUAAAGCUUGAAACAUACGAUUUUAUUUGUAGGUCUCAUAGAUGUGGCGAUAAUUUUUCUAAGGUAUCUCAAAUGUCAUUAAUCAUGAUAACUAAAACAAUAAAAUGGCGUUUGAUUUUGGGGUAAAAAAAUAAAUGACCUGUACGUGAUAAAGCCUGGUAGCAUUUGUUUCGCUUGUUGUGAUUUGCGGUCAUAUGAAAUGUUUAGUUAUUAGUAAUUAUGUCGUCUGUACAUAGAAAUGAAUGUUAGUAAGUAUUCUGCCUUGUUCAUCCGCCUUAUGUAUGCACAUCGCGUUUUUACUUAGUGCAAGAACCCAAGUAGAUGGGUAUGUCUCGUCAAGGUCAAUGCAUUCCCUUGAGGUUCAACAGGCGUUUUAGUUUGAAAAUUGGGGAGUUAGACCACGCUGGACUCCUUUCACUUUAACAUUCAUAAUUACAACUCAAAAUGCACAGUAGAGACAGAUUGACAUCUUCAAAGUCAACGGCUAGAAUUCUGUGUUUCAUAUUCUGUUUGAGUUUAGACAUGGCAAAAUUUCCCUUUCAACUCCAGGUUAUUCUGCUCCACACCCAGCAUCAAUCAAGGCACCACGAUAUUCUGCAGUAGAUCCAAACUACAACACUUUGCUUCUUAUCAUAUGACCCAAGUGUAAGGCCAUUCUUUAACGACAAUCUCUGCACCUUUUUGUUAAUAUUGAGAGCAUCCUUCUUCCUGCAAGCUCCCAACCCCCUCCUCCCCAAUGUAAAUAAAAGAAAAAUGGCCGCCGGAAGUGAAAGUGGAAACUGAUGAAUUCUUGGAACUCGUUCACUCGAGAAAGAGAAAGAAAGCUCGGAUUCGCUCUAAACCUAAAAAUAAGGUCUCAAAGAAGGUAGGCAGCAACCUUUUUGCUUGAGUGGAAAUCGUGAACGACAAGCAAGAUGAAAAAUUACUACAAAGUUGUCGAUGAACAGAGAAGUUUGAAGGAUGCUAUUUAUAACCUCAAACACAAAUUAGAACAUAAUAGCUCACGGUUUAUCGCUGUUGAUUGUGAAGGAGUUUCUUUGAGUAGACAUGGAGCACUUACAAUUAUAGCAGUCGCAACUGAGGAAGAAGUCUACAUAUUUGAUGUCUAUAAGUUGGGAAAGUUUAUAUUCAGUGGUGGACUGAGUCAAAUCCUUGAAGACAAGUCGUGCACGAAGCUGAUGUUUGAUUGCCGAGAGGAUUCAGAUGCUCUCUGGCAUCAGUUUAACAUAAGACUGACAGGUAUUUUGGAUCUGCAGCUCCUUGAAAUCCUCUACCGUCGUGAAAACGACUCAGCGACUGGUCAGACCUUCUUCGGUGCGGGCCACUCUCAUCGUAAUCAAAGACCAAAUGAUCAAGUGGAGAGCAUUUUCGGUUUUCGUCGCUGCCUUGAGCUGUACGUCGGUGAUGAAAAUUUAAUCAAAAUGAAGGAUGAGGGAAGGUUUUUAUUGAAGAAUGAUGAAGAAAUAUGGAAGAAGAGACCUUUGUCAAAUGAGUUAAUACAAUAUUGUAUUGUUGAUACAUUGGCCAUGUUCAGUUUGUAUGACAAGUUGAAGGGUAUCUUACAAGGUGCUGAUCAGAUUCGCCUACGAAUAGCAUCCGAGAGAUACGCUGAUUUCGUUCGAUGUAAAACCAAAAGGUAUUUUGACGAAUACGAGAAGAAUGCUCUUCUUCCUCUUAACAUCAUACCUGAUAAAGGAAAUAUUUAUUUUCCUCGAGCUGAUACAGCAUGCACCUGCUGUCAUAGGUUGUUUCCAAGAGAUGAGUUCUGGUCGUCGGAACUCAGACGACGGGGGCAAAGAUGUAGGGUGUGUAAGGAGGUUGCCCGUCGCGCAGGUCUACGAAUUCUCAGACACAACAGUUGGGCUCAGAACUGGAGAUACAGGGGCAUAGAACGGGUCGUCACCAAAUCCUCGAAAUUGGAUCCUUCAAAAGGGAAGACUCCCUGUCAUUUUGAUGCCAAGGAAAGGACAACUUCCUCAGAGUUGGAUCCCAAGAUGGAAGAAAAUCCCUGGAAAUCUUGGGGGUGUAUUUUGUUCAUACUAGUUACCAUUGUGGCAGCAUUGUUACUGGUGGCAAUAUUUUAA